AUGUUUGAAUACCUAUCCUUCUUCUUCGAGUUAUUGCGAUUGAUUCUCAAAUCCGAUCACUCUUCAGUAUAUCGAGCUCUGGGGCCUGAGGGAUACAUCUAUGAUGAUGAUGUUGAUGAUGGUGGUGCGGUGUUUUGCAUUGGAUUUGGAAUGAGCAAAAUAAGUGGGCAAUAUAAGGUGGUCUGUAUCAAUGUAGACGUGGGAUCCGACUCUUGUCGUCAUGUAUACACCCUUGGAACAGGAGCAUGGAGGCUUGUUGAAGCCGGGGCUGCUUCUGAUCUCACAUUCCCUACAUCAAGAAACAUUGUUUGUAAUGGCAUCCUCCAUUGCAUCUUCUCUGCUCCUCCUCCUCCUCCUCCACCCCCUGUAGAUCGACGUAGCCGUCUAAUUGGGGAGUUGUCUGCUUUGAGGGACUGCCUGUGUAAUUCAUACACAUGGGAAGGUGAAAUUUUCAUCUGGAUGAUGAAGGAAUACCAUGUCGAGGAAUCUUGGACCACAUUGCACAAGAUAAGUAGUAAUGUUUCUAAUUUAAGUUGGGCUUCUAGUUUUCAUUGGAAUUAUAAGUGUGUUGAACCAAUUAGGCUUUUCAAAGAUGGCGACAUUUUGAUGUUGCUAGUCGUAAAUCAGUUCAGCUACUACUCCAACAAGACAAAAACUGUUCAACAAGUCGCUAUGUUUAAAGAUGCAGUUGGGAAGGAUUAUGUUAGUGCCUUGAUUUUCACACCUAGCCUUUUCUCACUCAAGAAUUUCGGAUUCGAGAAUGUGAUCUCGUUUUAG